CGCUGGGGGGUCAAUGCUGGCUCCCAUGAAUUCCUUCCCGUCUCGUCAUCUCCUCUCCUGUCGUCCCAGCUGGUCAAAAUCCUUCGCGUACACACCCACGCGUAUUACUACCAUGUAUACAUAGCCUCGCCCCCGGCGUCCCCGUGCGCGACUGCGAUAGAUCCCACCCUCACCCUCUCCCUCCCCGCUCGCCCUCCGCCCCGCCGCCUCUCCCGCCCUCAUCUACACCAGCAGCCCAGCGGAAACCCACGCUGGGAAGCGGAGGGAUCCGCCACGAGCCGGGCCGCGCUGCGAGUGCGAGGAGGAGCCAUGGAGUUCACUGCUGCGUCGAGCAGCAGCAGGCUGUCCAAAGAGGGGGAUGAGGAGGAGGAGGGGGAGGAGAUGGAGGACGAGGAGGCCUCCCCGCGUGAGAUCCCCUUCAUGACGGCCAUGACGGCGGCCGCCUCGUCCGCCUCCCCUUCCGCGGCCGCGGCUUCCGCGUCGGCGUCGGCGUCGGGCUCGGGCUCCCCCUUCCGCUCGAGCGAAGGCGCUGGGGCGGGCGGCGGCGACGUGGAGGUGAUCGACAAGGAGCACAUGUUCGACAAGGUGGUCACGCCGAGCGACGUGGGGAAGCUCAACCGGCUGGUGAUCCCCAAGCAGCACGCCGAGAAGUACUUCCCGCUGGACGCGGCGGCGAACGAGAAGGGCCUGCUGCUCAGCUUCGAGGACCGCGGGGGCAAGCUCUGGCGCUUCCGCUACUCCUACUGGAACAGCAGCCAGAGCUACGUCAUGACCAAGGGCUGGAGCCGAUUCGUCAAGGAGAAGCGCCUCGACGCCGGGGACACCGUCUCCUUCUGCCGUGGCGCCGCCGACGCCACGCGCGACCGCCUCUUCAUCGACUGGAAGCGCCGCGUCGAACUCCGCGACCCGCACCGCCUCGCGCGCCUGCCCAUGCCCAUGCCCACCUCCUCGCCCUACGGCCCGUGGGGCGCCGGUGCGGGCGGUUUCUUCAUGCCGCCUGCGCCUCCAGCCACGCUCUACGAGCACCACCGCCUCCGCCAGAGCUUCGACUUCCGCAGCAUCAGUCCCGCCGCGCCGCAGAGGCCGCAGGUGCUCUACUUCGGCUCCGCGGGAAUUUUUCCGCACGCGUCCAUGCCCCCUCCGCAGCAGCAACCUCCGCUGCACAUUGCCGUGCAACCGAGCCCGCCGGUCACGGUCGGCAUGCCUAUGGUCCUCGAUUCCACGCCACUCGUCAACAGCCCGACGGCGGCCGCGAAGCGCGUGCGGCUGUUCGGAGUCAACCUCGACAACCCUCACACCCAAGGCGGCGAGUCAAGCCAUGAUGCCAACGCAUUGUCGCUGCGGAUGCCCGGAUGGCAAAGGCCGACACCGUUUAGGUCGCCGGAAUUGCCCCACCAUGGAGCGGUCGGUGCAGCCGGAGCGGAGUCCUCUGCUGCCUCUUCGCCAUCGUCAUCAUCAUCCUCCAAGCGAGAAGCGUAUUCCUCCUUGGAUCUCGAUCUGUGAACGAUAUUUGGUGAGCUCGAUCGGGAGCGUGCCCAAGGAAAGUUCAACAAUUCCUUCUUCAGUUUGUCACCUUCCUUUUCUUCUCCAUCUUUUGCGGUCCCGUUAUAACAUUGAUAGAAGCCAGCAUUUAACAUUUUGUUUUCGUUUUCGUUUUGGCCAUUCAAAUUCUUGGCGCUGUUGGUUUGAGAAUUAAUAUAUAGAGAGAAACUAGCGAAUUAAUCA